AUGCCUCUAAUUCCAAACACAUGCACUCCAGAUCUGGGCAUACGCUUGGACAGGGAAGACAACAUCUACCGACCCGGAGAGACCGUUCUUGGCUGGGUCUACCGCACAUCCCAUGUCGUGUCCGAGGCAUCUAUCAAGGUCUCUCUCCAUGGAGUCAGCCGCACACGUAUGAGAUCAGGCGUGCGCUGGGCUGACAAGUACCAAGGCCAAUUCGACAUUUUCCAGGGCGACAAGAACAGGCAGAGUGUCUUUCAGGGGCCGCUUCACAUUGGAAAGGGUGAUGAUCGGGAAGAGCUGGGCCAGGAGUGGCCUUUCGCAUUUAAGCUACCGACACACAUCGACUUUAGUUGGGUGGCAGAUAAGAAGUAUGGCCGCGAGUAUUUCAAGCCCAUUGGUAGAGCAAUUGGGAGGGAGCCAUUGCCUGGGAGUUUUGAGAUGUCCGAUGGGGAUUAUAACGAAGGCCUUGUUGAGUACUACCUUAAAGCCACAUUGGAACUGCAGAGGGGAGGCAAAUCCGAAAGCCAGGCAGCGAUUUUACCUGUCAGGAUCGUGGCCUCUGCUCCCGAGAAGGCCGGCUCCGAUGUGGACAACAGUCUGCAGCUUAGCAAGAGCAUUAUGAGCGUCGAAAUUUCGGAUCUUUCUCUCACGCCGUCGGAACCGAAACCCCAGCUUUCGACGUCUCAAAAGCUUAUGAACAUACUCAGAUCUUCAUCGACAGGUACACAAAUCCAAUGUGAGCUCCAAACAUGGGCGCCAGCAGUUCUACAGAUCGAUGACCCCAAGCCAUUAUCUUUGUUGCUACACGCCAAAACUACAUGGCCGAGGAUGUCCCAAUUAGCAGAAAAAAUGGCGCCGGCGGUGCGGGUGAAUUUUGUUGAGGUGGGAAUAGAAUCGGUGGUGGAUAUCAAAACCGAGACAACGUUUGGAAGCAUUGACGAUUGCUUGAAAAGCUACAAAAGUCUCACCAAGCACAUUCCAUCAUCCUAUUUCUCCGACAUCACGAUUCCUUCGGCGGAGAAGUUACCGCCCAUUGACGUGGGACAUGCGGUAGACAUUCGCCUCCAGUCAUCUUCUUUGCCUGAUACGCUAUCUCACAGCUUUUCCAUCUGCAAUAUCAAGGCUGAUCAUAUAUUGCAUUGGAGGAUCGAAUGUGAAAUCGAGGGCAGGUCAUGCAAAACAAGUGGCUCACAGCCUAUAGUCAUCCUACCACCAGCAGUUGAGAGACAAGCAGGCUCGGACUUCAUUGCAGAAUUGCCUUCCUACCAAUGUGCAGUCGCAACCGCAGCGCCAAUGUAUGAAAUGGAAGGAUGA